UAUAUUUUUUAGUUUUAAAAAGAAAAGAUGAAUUCAAAAUGGGAAGCUAAAUACGAUUUUAACAAAAAUGCUAAAUCAUAUGAAUGUCCCAAAAAAGGAAUAAAAAAAGAAGUAGUAAGUUUCAACUACCAGUCUAUGACAAAACCAACAGAAAUAUCCAGAUGUCUAGUUAUAAUCGAUGAUAUAAAAAAUUUAAAUAACAGGGAAUCCAAUUAUUUGUCCGCUAAAUUAAAAACAGAAUUUUGGAUUGAAUUGGGUUCUGCUGUUACCGCUCUAGAUUAUUAUGUAGAAAUAAUCUUGCAACAAAUGUUUCAAAACGAAACAAGCCGAUGUUACAUCAAAACUAAAGCCGGAGAGGAGAUUACCUUCAUAAUAAAACUUAUUAAAAUUGAUUUCAAAGGAUAUAUUUUUGAACUUAAUUUGAAAGACGCUUACGAGUUAUCAAAAAAAUAUAAGGAAAAUGGGGUUUUAAUGUUUAAAAAGUAUCCAAAAUUUGCUCAAGAAUAUUUUUGUCGUGCUGCCAAGAUUCUGCUGUCUUAUGGACCUUUUGAUGAUUUAUCGGAAGAAAAUGAUGGUGUUGAAGCUGAGUUAUUAAAAAAAUUACUACAGAAUUUAAAAUUAAAUAUUUCAGCAUGUCUUAUAAAAGAGCAGCGAUAUGAAGAGGUCGUAUUUUUGACGAGUUUUGUGGAAGAAAAUUCGGAGAAUAUAGAUAAAGCCAUUUAUAGAAGAGCUUUGGCUCUACAUAACUUAAAAGAAUUUAAAAAAGCUAAGGAAGUUAUAGAGAAAUCGAAAACAUUUAGGAAAAACGCAGAAUUAGUCAAUUUGCAUACGAAGAUUUUAAAUGAUUGGAAAACUAACGAUCAUAACUAUAAGAAUGUUGUAAGAAAAAUGUUCAGUUAGGGGCACUUAUUUCACAUUCCUAUAAUGUUUCUCUAUUUAUUCGAAAACAAAAAAAAUAAAAAUAUUAAGCAUAUUUUUUUAAAUGCUAA